CCUUCCUUCCCCUCCCCUUCGCCGCCCCCGGGCCCCGAUCCGUGCCACCGAUUCCCGAUCGCCGGCCCCCGAUCCCCGCUCCUCGGCCCGGCUUUGCACGGAGCACCGGGAUGAUCGGGCCGGGGCGCCCUGAGAAGCGGGAGCGGCGUGGGCGGCUCUGGGGGCGGGGCUACGUGAGGGCGGGGUCUGGGUGCAUCAGAGAGGGGCUGUGAGCAAUGGCUCUGGCGCUGAGGUGCCUCCGUCCUCUCCCGUCCCUGCUGCACCGAACCUCCUUUGCCGUGGGCAGGGGGCUGCCCCAGGCUCCCAGAGCCUGCCCAGCCCUGCUCCUGGAGGGCUGCAGGCAGUGUGCCCAGCAGAUGCUGCCGAGCAGACAGCUGGCUACCAAAAAAGCUAAAGGUAAAGGACAGAGUCAAGCCAAAGUGAAUAUCAGUGCUGCUCUAGUUGAGGAUAUUAUCAAUUUGGAGCAAACCAAUGAAGAUAUGCAGGCAGUCAUAGAAGCUCUGAAAGAGGAUUUCAACAGAAAUCUCAAUGUUAGAACCUCACCAGGGGCCCUGGAUCACAUAACUGUGAUGACAAAGGAUGGGAAGUUUCCGCUGAACCAGCUGGGGCAGAUCUCACAGAAGUCACCGCAGCUCAUGAUAGUGAACAUGACCAGUUUUCCAGAGAGCACAGCUGCAGCUGCAAAGGCUAUAAGGGAGAGUGGCAUGAACCUGAACCCAGAGGUGGACGGGAUGGUGAUUCGGGUGCCAGUUCCCAAGGUCACGAGAGAGCACAGGGAGAGCCUGGCCAAGCUGGCCAAGCAGUCCACCAACAAGUCCAAAGAGGCCCUGAGAAAGGUGAGAAGCAAAAGCAUCACCCAGGUAAAGAAGUUCAAGAACAAAGUGUCAGAAGAUACCAUCUGGCUGCUAGAAAAGCAGAUCCAGCAAAUGGCAGAUGAGGCUGCCACGGAGAUGGACAAGCUGCUGGCAGUGAAGACCAAGGAGCUGCUUGGAUAAACACCAUCCCAAUGGCCACACUCCUCCCCCUGGAGCAGGAAUGAGCUGCCACAUUCCCCAGCAGCCAGCCCUGCCCGGGGGCAGCAGCCUCAGGGAUGGGCAGGGACAGCUCUGUGCCUGGGCAGCUCUCACUGCCUACCCUGGGGUGUGCUGAAGGGAAGGGGGGAGCUCUCCUUGCUGUCCUUUAUCCAGAUGGGAACAGCAUUGGAUGAAAUGAGAUCAAAAAUAAAAUAUCAGGAAGGAGAACUGGAAACUGCUGGAGGCACAGAGGAAGAACUGCCCUGCUCACUUUGUGCCCCAUCUUUGCACCAUCAGACCACCCACGAGAGGAACCUGCCUGUCCUGCUGCAAACCUCAGCAUUUAUUUUUGCUUGAAAUAAAGCCAGAAUGAGAUGUGGAGGAACAGCCUCACGACAGGCAGGUCCUGGGUGUUCCCUCGGCUUCACGUGUUCCAAAGCAAGCAUUUGCCCCGUGCCAUGGCUGUCACUGCCAGCAGAGCGGGCAGGGACGAGGGAGCUCGGCACAGGCUGGGCAGGGGCUCUGUGAGGAGAGAACUGAAAGCAGCGCUGUCAGCACGGCUGCUUUAGCCAGGAUGAGAAGACCUAAAACCAACACAGGAACUUCCCCAAAGCAGCAUCUGCCUCCUCAGCCAUUUACAAACGCCUGGGAGCCUCUGGCACCACGGUUCAGGGUUGGAGGAGGUACAAGCAGAGCAGGUCCUGAGCACAUGACGGAGCUCAGCUCCUCACUGUGAGCAAGUACUUCCCAGGACAGCAGACGGCCUCGGUGGCAGGAGCAGGAAGAUGCUGGCAGCCCCCCAGCCCUGCUCCCAAAGCAUUUGGGUUCAAAGAGCACCAAGUGCUCUGCACUCCUUAAAUAAACAACUCCCCAAAAGUUAGUUUGUGUGCCAUGGGGAGGGGGAGGAGGAUGAAGGAUUUGCUCUGCUAGGGCCCCACAUGUCAACAAUUUCUCUGCUUUGUGUAUUUUGGCCAAAGCCCUUACCAUGAUAAAUGAAUAAAGGAAGAUGGCGAGCCCAGGGCGGUUCCACAGCUCGGGAAAUUGCUUUCAGCCGA